CUUUGAACAUUUUCACAUCCUUCUCCUUACGAUGCCUUUUCCCACAGAUACAUGGCUUGAGAAGCUCCCUUUGAUAGCAUCAGAUACCUAUCGUGAUACUAUCGAGGGGUUUCGGCUUCUAUGUAGAGUGUCCGUGGGCUUUACAAAACUCCUAUUUUUCGGACUUGUCUUCAUCUCUGCCUAUAUCUUUUCUUCACCAGGAUAUAUGGUUAUUGCCCUAUACGACUUGUAUCAUUGGGCGCGUCGUUUGGCGACUAGUCGUCGAGGGUUACUUCCAAUAUACCAUUAUCGACCUAGACGAGAACCGUUUCACGGCAAGAGCCUAUAGAUUACAAAUCCCCACAAUCCCGUGUCCGCCUGCUCCGCUCCCGCAAUGAUCUCCGACCGGGCUUUACCGGUUCUAUCCGUUGGAGGCACUCUCCAUCCCGACGCAGCCAGGGCUUCUCGUAAACGAGCCAAGGACGAUCUGGGAGAUGAGCACGAGGUAUCACGACAGAGAUCUACAUCACGGCAUAAAGAGGUCGAGGAAUUUGGAGACUUGAGAUCUGUCUGUCUUCAACGCAAGAACAGAGAGGUACAAAUAAGAGAAGAUGGCAAGCGAGUCCAGAAGCCUAUCAAGCAGCGACGAAAAAUGAAGUUCUGCCAUGAGUGCAAGUCACUCUGGCUGCGGACCAUGCGUUUCGGUUUCCCAGGUCCAUCAAGCCGCCAAGCUCAUGCCUCAACUGUGAUCGUUUUUGGCCACCCCUGCGUCGACGGCCCCAAAAUGCUAUUUUUGGCUCCCUCGAGAGCCAUUUUGAGCUGCCUUCAGCCUUUUGGCUGUUUCUCACCUCUAAAACCCACUUUCGGCUUCUUGAGCCGCUACUUCGAGUGGCACUGCGAGCGCCAAACAUUCUCUCUUCACCUGUGGUGACGCAUUUAGAUUGGAUGAUGGAAGACGGGACGAAGCGAACGGUCAAAUCGGCCGGAAAGAGUAAACUAAGUCGGACCCCCCCAAUUCCGAACACCCCACAUUCCGAACACUUUGUAAGCCUACAC